AGCAAGUAUAUCUUCACGACACACCGUCCUGGAAAAAAUAGAUAAAAAAUUGGAAUUUUGUUUUAAUAUUUUCGUAUUUAUUGCGGAAUUUCUACGCUAGUACAGAGCGACAAAAUGCCAGAGGAGUCGACAAACAAACGUGUUAAAGCAGAGGAUAAGGCUGUCACAAAUUUUCGAGAGUAUUUGAGGAUAAAAACUGUUCACCCAGAACCUGACUAUGAUGGAGCUAUAGCUUUCUUACAAAGGCAAGCUGAUGAAAUUGGUUUAUCAUUCAGUACUGUUGAGGUGCACCCUGGAAAGAAGGUGGUGAUUAUGACAUGGGAAGGGGAAGAUCCUACAUUACCCACAAUCCUCCUGAACUCUCACACAGACGUUGUACCAGUAUAUCCUGAAGAAUGGAAAGUAGACCCAUUUAGUGCUGAUAUAAUGGAGAAUGGUGACAUUUAUGCCAGAGGCACACAGGACAUGAAAAGUGUUGGAAUACAGUAUUUAGAAGCUGUAAGAAAAUUGAAGAAAGCAGGACAAAAAUUUAGACGAACAAUUCAUCUGACAUUUGUGCCAGAUGAAGAGACUGGUGGGAUAUUAGGUAUGAAAUUAUUUUUAAAGCGUGAGGAGUUCAAGAAGAUGAAUAUUGGUUUUGCAUUAGAUGAAGGGCUAGCUAAUCCUAAAGAUGCUUUCACAGUAUUCUAUGGUGAACGAAAUCCCUGGUGGGUUCUUGUUAAAUGCCAUGGUAACCCAGGUCAUGGGUCAAGAUUCAUAGAGAAUACAGCAGCAGAAAAACUGAGAAGAGUGAUCAAUAAAUUCCUGGAUUUUCGAGGCAUGGAAGAAAAAAAGUUAAAAAGCUCCGGCUGUCUCACAUUAGGGGAAGUAACUACUAUCAAUUUAACCAUGCUAGAGGGAGGUGUACAGUUUAAUGUAGUACCAAAUGAAAUGAAAGUAGGGUUUGAUAUUGGUAUUGCUCCUACAGUAGAUCUUGUAGAAUUUGAGGAGAAAAUAAAAACCUGGUGUGAAGAGGCUGGGGAAGAUGUCACUUACAGUUUCAUUCAGAAAUGUGAUGAUCAAACAUUGACUAGUACAGACAAAUCAGAUCCUUGGUGGAAGGCCUUUUCUACUGCAUGUGAAUCUCUGGGUAUGGUACUCGAGAAGGAGAUUUUCCCUGCUGGUACAGACAGUAGGUUUCUAAGGGAGGCUGGUUAUCCUGCAUUAGGAUUUUCUCCGAUGAACAACACACCAAUAUUGUUACACGAUCACAAUGAGUUUCUCAACGAAGAUGUUUUCCUGAAGGGGAUAGAUGUAUACUGUCAGAUUAUCCCAGCACUGGCUAAUGUUAAAUAAACUUUAAAGUGUCAUAUACAUACAUAUAUACAGUGCCAUCUUUAAUUACCUUUAUAUCUCUUAAUAUAUGGAUUUUACUUGAUGUGCAAAAUAUUCAUCCAUUUAAAACAAUAUCUAAUGCAUCCGUUUGGUAUAAACGAGUGUAAUCAAGAUGAAAACAUAAGAAAUUUAUAAAGUUAUUAUGUGGUGUGUCUAGAAUGUCCAUUUUAUUCAUUAGACUUUAUCUUUCAACAAGAACAUUCAAUAUACCAUACACUUGCAAUCUGAAAAGUCUUGAAACAAAACCACAAUUAUAUUUGCACCAAUUUUAUUAUUUACAAUGUCAAAGGCUUAUUUUUACCAAAGAUAAAGGAACCAGUUAUUCAUGCAGAAGUUACAUAAGCUAUGGAGAAGUUAAUUUACUAUGAAUAGAUUGAUA